GUAACUGCAACAGUUUGGAGGUCGAUUUAAUUGUACCAGGACAAUCGCAAAACUCUAAGUCACUAUGGAUAUCCACACCGCCUGCGAAAAAGCGAAAGCCUUCACCAAGCGCCCGAGCGAUGAGGAAUUCUUGGAAUUUUACGGUCUUUUCAAGCAAGCCACAGUUGGUGAUGUGAACGUUGAAAGGCCCGGGGCGUUGGAUCUGAAGGGCAAGGCCAAGUGGGAUGCUUGGAACCAGCACAAGGGUCUGUCCAAAGACGAGGCACAAAAGGCAUACAUUGCUACCUAUGAGAAAUACGCGCCCAAAUAUGCCUAAAUCGAGCAACAAAUUGUUAUUUAAGAAUUAAACCUCUCAAUACAA